GGGCUGGGCUAGGCGAGCCCGGCGGAGGGUGUCCCCCGCCCCGCGCCAGUCGAGGCGGAGCAGGGUUGGGGAACCCGGGCACGGAGGUGAAGCCCUGGCCGAGAAUCCCUUCCCUGGCGGGCGGGCCGAGGCUUCGCGGAGAGGCUGGUGGCCGCCGCCGCCUGCAGCGCAGCCCUUUUCCAGGGGCUCGCUCGGCUGAGCUGCCCGCGGAGCCGGACCCCGGCGCUGCGGCCCCGGGCGGAGACUGGAAACAGUUAGGUGAACCUUCCUCCUCUCUGCCCCUACUCCUGGGAAUGCUGGGGCUUUAUGUAAAAUGGAAUCUGGUUUGGAACCAGCUCAGGUAUGAGAGGAGUCCAAACUAAAAUCUUUCAGCCAUUGAUUAACCUUUAAUUGGAUUAAAGAUGAUAUCUAAUUGACAGUUCUUCACUAUUGGCUCCUUUUCAUAUGCAAAGCUGCCUUUCAUCCUGGUUAUUCAACUAUCAUCUACAGCACCUGCCUGUUUACAGUAAAAGCAAGUAAGUUACAGCAUCACAAUGUUACAUCAUCUAGUAUUUCUCUUAGGAAUGUCACUGGUAGCCAAAGAAAUAUUUGCAUUUACAAACUGCUAUUCCGAUGGCCAAAUUGCCAGGUAUUAUUUUUGUAACCUCACCGAGGUUCCACCUGUGCCCAAUAAUACAGUUAUACUCUGGCUAAAUUUCAACAAAAUCAGGCAAGUGAAUGCAUCCUCCUUCCCUCUGCUGGAACAGUUGCAGAUUUUGGAAAUUGGAACCCAGCUUGUCUCUUCCGUUACCAUAGGGAAAGCAGCUUUUAGGAACCUGCCAAACCUUCGAAACUUAGAUUUAGGAGACAAUAAGAUACUUCAUCUCGAUCCUGAUGCUUUUGUGAAGUUGUCAAAUGUACAAAUACUCCAGCUAUAUCACAACAGUCUUGAGGAGUCCAUUCUGGAAGAAGACUAUCUUCGAGAUAUGAUCUCCUUAGAAUAUUUGGAUCUUUCUGGAAACAAGAUCAAAAGCCUUCGCCCUCAUCGCUUAUUUUACCGUCUAAAAUCCUUGCAAAUUGUGAACCUGAAAAACAACUGGAUACCCAUCUUAUGUGAAGGAAACCUUGAUAGCUUCCAGGGAAAAUUCUUCACAUUGUUUAUUCUCAAUUUUAAUAAAUUAUACUACCCAAUUUCUAUGGACUGGGCCAAGUGUGGAAAUCCUUUCAAAAACAUAGCCCUGGACACCCUGGAUCUUGGUGGCAAUGGCUGGGGUGUAGAUAUAGUGCAACACUUCUGCACAGCUGUGAAUGGGACUUCAAUUGUUUUUUUGAAGCUUAGCCAUCACAUAAUGGGUCCAGGAUUUGGCUUUAAGAACUUGAAAGAUCCAGACCAAGAUACAUUUGCAGGGCUAGCAAGAAGUGGCGUUCGCUUACUGGAUAUUUCACAUGGUUUUAUUUUCUCUCUCAAUCCUUAUGUAUUUCAGAGCCUUGGUGAUCUGGAAUUGCUGGACCUUCACAACAACAAGAUAAAUCAGAUCCAAAAACAAGCAUUUUUUGGUCUGGGAAACCUAGGAACUCUCAACCUGUCAUAUAACAUUCUGGGGGAGCUGUACGAUUAUACUUUUGAGGGGCUUCAGAAUGUGAUGCAGAUUGAUUUGCAACAAAAUCAUAUUGGAGUAAUUGCUGGGAAUUCAUUCAGGGAUUUAAGAAGGUUAAAGUUGGUGGAUCUCCGGGACAAUGCCAUUAAAACUCUCCCUUCUUUCCCAGCCAUGAUCACUCUUCAUUUAAGUGACAAUAAGCUAUUAUCUGUAAGUAACCAGAGAAUAAAUGCAACAAUCCUUAUCUUGGAAAGAAACAGACUGGACAAUCUGGGUGAUCUUUAUAUUCUUUUACAAGUUCCAGAUGUGAAGUAUAUCUUGUUAAGACAAAAUCGUUUAUCUUAUUGUGUUAAAAGUGUUGAUGUUAUAGAAAAUAACCAGUUAGUCUACUUGGAUCUAGGAGAAAACAUGUUAAAGCUUGUGUGGGACAGAGGUUUAUGUUUGGAUGUGUUCAGGCGACUUUCCAAACUAGAGGUGCUCCACCUGAAUAACAACUACCUUACUAUCCUUCCACAGGAUAUUUUUAGUGGUCUAACAUCAUUAAACAGACUUAACCUAGCCUCCAACCUGUUGUCUUAUCUUUCUCCUGGUGUUUUCCCUGAGAGCCUAAAGACACUUAAUAUGUCUGAAAACCAACUUCUUUCACCUGCCCUUGAGCUCUUCAUGACUUUGAGUAUCCUGGAUAUAACAAAUAACAGGUUUUUCUGUGAUUGCAGUUUAAACACCUGGACAGCACGGUUAAAUCAAACCAAUGUGACCUUAGCUGGCUCAGAAAAUGACACAUACUGUAUACUCCCACCUUUUUUAACCAGGGUUCCACUCUCUUCAGUGGCACUUGAUGGCUGUAAUGAAGACGAACUCCAGAAGCCUCUACAGUUCUCACUGUUCAUCUUCACUUCAGUCACUCUGAUAAUGUUCCUAACAGCAGUCAUCAUUUUUAGUCACUUUCGGGGGACUUGUUUUGUCUGGUAUAAGACCAUCAAAGGUGCUAUGCUAAAAGAACGUAAGCAAGCAAUAGAUACAAGUGCAUAUCAAUAUGAUGCAUAUUUAUGCUACAGCAACAGAGACUUUGAGUGGGUCCAAAAUUCAUUGAUAAAGCACCUGGACUCUCAGUACUCUGAGAAAAACAGAUUUACUUUGUGCUUUGAAGAGAGAGAUUUCCUGCCUGGGGAGGAACAGAUCACCAACAUCCGUGAUGCCAUUUGGAACAGCAGGAAGACCAUUUGCAUUGUGACAAGGCAGUUCCUCAAGGAUGGGUGGUGCGUGGAAGCCUUUAAUUUUGCCCAGAGCAGAUACUUUUGUGACCUGAAAGAUGUCCUCAUUAUGGUUGUGGUUGGGUCACUUUCUCAGUAUCAGUUGAUGAAAUACAAACCGAUUAGAGUCUUUGUGCAAAGGAGUCAGUACAUGCAGUGGCCUGAAGACCAUCAAGAUGUAGACUGGUUUUUAAAUACCCUUUCUCACCAAAUUCUGAAAGAAAAAAAAGUGAAAAAGAAAUCCAGUGUUAUAGAAAUGCAAACUGUAAGGACAAUCUCGUAGUUGGGAGGGUUGUUCAUGGUUCAUAUUAUUAGUGCUAUAAAACAGAUUUUUGUAGUUACAUUUUUGCUUGUGGCUUGACAGUUACUUAAAUAUUCUAAAUCCAUUUCCACCUGUGGCAUGGCAGGAAAGAAGUAUGGGCCAUGCUUCAGCUUUCCCUGACAAAUGGAUAGAAUAUAACUUCCUUGGUUUAAGUUUUAAUAAAUAUGGCGUCAGCUUUAAAGUCACCAGCAAAUGGAAUUAACAAAAUUCAAUCACUCUAGGAACUAUGGCCCAUAUUUUCAAAAGAAGUCACCAAGUAUGGGUGUCUCAAAUUUUGGGUGUUCAGAUUAGGACACCAUGGUCUGAUUUUCAGAGAUGCUGAGUGCUCACAGGUCCCCACGACAAUCGAAGGAGUGGGUACUCAGCAAUUACAAAAAACAGGUGCAUGUUAUUGCAAGUUAGGCACCAAAUUUAUAGGAUUCUUGAAAAUUUGGGUCCAUGUGCUGAAAGCCCCCACUAACCAAACUGAAUGGGCACAUUAACUGAUGGCAGUGCCACAUUAAGGUCUUGCAAUGUCUAGUCCUACCAUUCACCACCAGGUCCCCUACUAAGAGAAUGUUUUAGUGGUCAUCAUCCUUGCUUGUGAUGUUGCAUGAUCAAGAUGGUGUAGGUGUAGGUGUUGGGGAAGUCAUGUACAUGUCGCUCACAUACACCCACACACCCACUAUUGGGUACCAUUUUUCACAGAACAUCAUCAUUUUGUAAAGCCACACCACAUAGUAUUCUUUUUUUUUUAUUAUUAUUAUUUUUUUUUUAAGGGAGGGAUUUACCUCUUCCUUAAAGCCAGGCUUGGAAGGAUCACAUUUUUAUCAGUAAAUGUCACUAAACAUCAAUUUCACCGUACAUGUACAAACCAACCCAACAUUUCCAUAAUAAUAAAUGACAUUUAGAAAUAGACCAAGAAAGAAAAAUGCUGCUUAAGAACUUAAUAGAGUUUGAUUUAAGGAUAUUUACUUUGUAUAUUUUGAUAUGUGAUGUUGACAAU